GGACUCUGACUGCAUUCCAAGCCCACUGACUUGGGGCGCACAGAUGCACUCUCUCCAAGACUGUCCAGUGGCUGCUGCCGUCACGUUCUAGUCCCUGCCCAUGCCCUUGUGAGGCUGGCAUGCAGGAUGGCAGGACAGCCCAGCCACAUGCCCCAUGGAGGGAGCCCGAACAACCUCUGCCACACCCCGGGGCCUGCGCACCCCCCUGACCCACAGAGACACCUGAACGCCCUGUCUUUUCGCUGCUCGCUGGCAGACUUCCAGAUUGAGAAGAAGAUUGGCCGAGGGCAGUUCAGCGAGGUGUACAAGGCCACCUGCCUGCUGGACAGGAAGACGGUGGCUCUGAAGAAAGUGCAGAUAUUUGAGAUGAUGGACGCCAAGGCCAGGCAGGACUGCGUCAAGGAGAUAGGCCUUCUAAAGCAACUGAACCAUCCGAACAUCAUCAAGUAUUUGGACUCUUUUAUUGAGGACAAUGAGCUGAACAUAGUGCUGGAGCUGGCUGACGCUGGUGACCUGUCGCAGAUGAUCAAGUACUUCAAGAAGCAGAAGCGGCUCAUCCCCGAGAGGACAGUGUGGAAGUACUUCGUGCAGCUUUGCAGCGCCGUGGAGCACAUGCACUCCCGCCGGGUGAUGCACCGAGACAUCAAGCCUGCCAACGUGUUCAUCACAGCCACGGGUGUCGUCAAGCUCGGCGACCUUGGCCUGGGCCGCUUCUUCAGCUCCGAGACCACUGCAGCCCACUCCCUAGUGGGGACGCCGUACUACAUGUCACCGGAGAGGAUCCACGAGACCGGCUACAACUUCAAGUCCGACAUCUGGUCUCUGGGCUGUCUGCUGUACGAGAUGGCAGCUCUCCAAAGCCCCUUCUAUGGAGAUAAAAUGAACCUGUUCUCCCUCUGCCAGAAGAUCGAACAGUGUGACUACCCGCCUCUCCCUGGAGAACAUUACUCUGAGAAGUUACGAGAACUGGUCAGUAUGUGCAUCUACCCCGACCCCAACCAGAGACCCGACAUCGGAUAUGUGCACCAGGUUGCCAAACAGAUGCACGUGUGGACUUCGAGCACCUGAACUUGGACGUGGCGUGCCUUAUCAGAGCCAGCACCGCUCUGCCUUGAGUCUUCUCUCCAAAGUGGCCACCUGGUAGCCUAGAUCAACUAGGACGAGAGAUCAACUAAGAUGAGAGAGGCUUCCACAGGUUCCCCAGAGAGGGGCGGGGUUUACAGAUGCUGAGUGCAGAGCGGCUGGGGGAGGGGCACUGGUCACUAGUUACUGGUGGUCUCAUUCAAAGUCCUUUCUUUAAACUCUUGUGGACUCCGCUGGGUUAACAGAGGUGUGGUUCAGCGAGCCAGUGCCGCACCCCUUGUAUCUGGACUGUAAUGUGAAUCUUGAGGAUAAUCCCUUCCAUGACUGGUCAAGGUUGAUACUAACAGAAUUGCAGGAGACUGAUUUGUAGUGAGCCUUUGAAAAUGGCUAGCAGCCCUUUCAGUUUAGCUCUUAGAAUCUUUUCAAACAAUCAAGCUGUGUGCUUAAUUUCCUCUGUCGUAAAGGGAUAAAGUGGGCAUAAUAUUUUUUAAAUAGAGUGGAGAUCUUCCCAAUAUUUUUAUCUAUGUUUAUAACUCGAUGAAUGAGGAGAACCCUGCAUCAGAAGACAGAGAGUAUAUUCGAAAGGCACGCGUGUUUCCAUGCAGUCCGGCCCAGCCACCCUCCUGGACGCCUGCUCUGUACCAGGCACUUCGUCACCUGCUUAAAUGCUGGCAGUCCAUUUCACGAUCAGUGUUAGGCAUCGUCCUCUGUGGGAAGGCAGUGUGGCAUACCAAAACUAUAAAACAUGCCCUCAGGCUGUUCUCUGUACAAGCUCUGGUGGGCAACUUCCUACUACAACCCUGGGCAAGUUUCUUAGCCUCUCUGAGCCUUAGUUUCCUAGUCUGUAAAAUGACACCUACCUUCAGGGUGCUGACAGGAUUUGAAAUAAAAGAUGCAAGUUGUCUAGCACGUUGUAGAAGAUUCAAAAAUGGCAGCCACUCCCUCAUCCCGGCACAAAACUCGAGUCCAGGCCCACAUAAGUCAAGAAUUUAAAUGCACAAGUGCCUUAUGUGUAGGAAACCAGAAAUGUUUUCCUUUUCUUGUUCCCAAAUAGGAUUAACUGUGAAGACUAAUUUAUAAAUGUGAACUUAAGGGAAACUCAAGCUCUGAAGGAAAUUGUUUGAAUUUUAUCUUUAUACUCAAGUUAAUCCUCAAAUGGUCUACUUUUCAUCCAGUAACUUGGGGACAGCUCAGCCCUCCAGAGAGAGCACACGCCUGCCUGCUCCAUUUGUGUCCAGGGGCUCUGACCGGGCCUCCCUGGGGACAAAGGACUCGGGCUAGGCCACUGCCCUGUUUCCAUGUACGAACUCUGUUCUACUGUAACUCUGUCGGGUUGGAGGGAUUUUCUUCAGAUGCAACCUUUUCUUUGUACGUGUUCUCCAUGUUUGAAAUAAAACGGGGUGAGGGGGGUUACUUUUG